AUGGUUGUAAAUAACAACUCUUAUCCUAGUUUCAUAAACACUAAUAAUAUCUUGAAAACCAGAUCUGAUUCUUACAAUUUUCAAAAACUCAAUCUCUUCCUUCCUUCUCUCUCCUUCUAUCGCCGGCAUCCUCCUGCAAUUGUUGCCGCCACUAAUGUCCGCCUCAUCACCGGAUCGUCGGAAUCUAAGUUGGCACCAGUGUACCCAUCCAGAUAUGUUAGUUUUACUCUGACCUGCAAUAUAAUUGAGCAACUACACCGAUUCCUCUGUUCUUCGCGAUCUUCCAAUUUCCAUUCGUGCAAAGGGGAAGUCAUUAUGGAACAAGGUAAUGCGGUUGAGCAGCUUUAUUUGAUCUGUCAUGGUGAACUGAUCUGAUCAGAUAUGAUGUUUUAUGGUGAUUAUGGAUAUGAUGUAUGUGGUGCACACAAAGUGUUUGAUGGAAUGUCUCAACCAAAUUCAAUCUGGUUUUUGAGGGAAGGAUGUUGGCGGUGUUGGCACAAAUUGUUGGUGGUGUUGAUGCUGGUGGUGGUGGUAGAGUAAGGAUAUUUCUAUUUCUCACUCAUUUUCUUUGUUCAUUUCAGAUAAGUUAUAAUCUUUUAUGAUUCAUGUAUACAUAUUUUUUUAUGUUGGCUUCUAAAAUAUGAGAUAUUUAUGCAUGUAUUAAACUAUGAAUGGGUUGUUUAGUACACUGAAAUAUGAUAUUAUACCUGUAAAUGAGUUUUGAAUGUAUUGUAUGAAACUUUAAAUUUUGUGUAUUAAGCUG